GUGUGUCUGCGCCGUGACGCAGCGGCUGUUUACGGGAUACGAUGGCGGUCGGUGUCCCCACCACUAAGAGACAGACGACUUGCACGGACGGAUCAGCAGAUCAGCUGUGCCCGUAUCGUUACAGUGCCAUAUAGCGGUGUGAUCGGGGGAAGCGUCCUGUUGUAUGUGCGUUUUAAACGUCCUCAUAACCCGUGAAAUAAUAUGCGGGACGGGGAGUCUCCGGAGCACGGUAACCGGGACGAUAACGAGUCAAGCAGCGAGCACUACUGUUAAAGCACCGAGGCAUCCGCCGCCCCAGUAAUCAGCUUGCCCGAAAUAACCAGAGAGCGACCGGGGCCACGGAUUAAACAAGGCGAAGAGUAAGGAUGAAAUUCGCGGAGCACCUCUCGGCUCAUAUCACUCCGGAGUGGAGGAAGCAGUACAUCCAGUAUGAGGCAUUCAAGGAGAUGCUGUAUGCGGCCCAGGACCAGGCCCCCUCCAUAGAAGUCACAGAUGAAGACACUGUCAAGAGGUAUUAUGCUAAAUUUGAAGAGAAGUUUUUUCAGACAUGUGAGAAGGAACUUUCCAAAAUCAACACAUUUUAUUCAGAGAAGCUGGCGGAGGCCCAGAGGAGGUUCGCCACGCUUCAGAAUGAGCUUCAGUCUUCUCUGGACGCCCAGCGGGAAAGCAGUGCACCAGGCCUGCGGCGGCGACGCAAGACCGUGUUCCACCUCUCGCACGAGGAGCGCGUCAAGCACCGCAACAUCAAGGACCUCCAGCUGGCCUUCAGCGAGUUCUACCUCAGCUUGAUCCUCCUGCAGAACUACCAGAACCUGAAUUUCACUGGUUUCCGGAAGAUCCUGAAGAAGCAUGACAAGAUCCUGGAGACGCAGCGGGGCGCUGACUGGCGCGUGGCCCACGUGGAGGUGGCCCCCUUCUAUACCUGCAAGAAGAUCACACAGCUGAUCUCAGAGACGGAGGCCCUGGUGACCACCGAGCUGGAGGGUGGCGAUCGGCAGAAGGCCAUGAAGAGGCUGCGAGUCCCCCCGUUGGGAGCUGCUCAGCCGGCACCAUCUUGGACCACCUUCCGUGUUGGGCUCUACUGUGGAGUCUUCAUCGUCCUGGCGGUGUCCUUCAUCCUUACAGGCGUUGUGCUGAUUAAGAACAGUAACAUCUGGCCCCUGGUUCGCCUUUACCGCGGCGGCUUCCUGCUUAUCGAGUUCCUCUUCCUACUGGGCAUUAACACCUACGGCUGGAGGCAGGCUGGGGUCAACCACGUGCUCAUUUUCGAGCUGAACCCUCGCAGCAACCUGUCCCAUCAACAUCUUUUUGAGAUCGCAGGGUUCCUUGGGGUGCUAUGGUGCAUCAGCAUCCUGUCCUGCCUGUACUCGGAGUACACCUCGCUCCCCAUGCAAGUGAACCCGCUGAUUCUGUACGGCUUCAUGCUCCUCUUCCUCGUUAACCCCCUCAAGACUGGUUACUACAAGUCCCGCUUCUGGCUGCUGAAGCUGCUGUUCCGUGUCUUCACGGCUCCGUUCCAUAGGGUGGAGUUUGCUGACUUCUGGCUGGCAGACCAACUCAACUCCCUGGUGUUUGUGCUGAUGGACCUGGAGUACCUGGUCUGCUUCUACAGCUUCGAGCUCAACUGGGGCGAGAAGACUGGCCUGCUGCCCAAGGGCCCCGAAGAAACAGUGUGUUACAACGAUGCGUACGGAGUACGCGCCAUCAUCCAGUGUCUCCCGGCCUGGCUCCGAUUCGUGCAGUGCCUGCGCCGUUACCGAGACACCAAGCGCGCCUUCCCCCACCUGGUCAACGCUGGCAAGUACUCCACCACCUUCUUCGUGGUCACCUUCAUGGCCCUCUACCACACCCACAAAGACCAAGGACACUCAGACGCUGAGAUUUUCUUCUACCUGCUCAUCGUCUUUUCGGUGAUCAGCUCAUUGUACACACUAAUCUGGGACCUCAAGAUGGACUGGGGUCUGUUUGACCGCAAUGCUGGGGAGAACACCUUCCUGCGAGAGGAGACUGUUUACCCACAGAAGGCAUAUUACUAUUGCGCCAUAGUAGAGGAUGUUAUACUGCGCUUUGCCUGGACCAUUCAGAUCUCCCUGACCACCAUGAAUAUCAACCCCUCCUCUUCAGAAAUGCUGGCCACCAUCCUGGCCCCCCUGGAGGUCUUCAGGCGCUUCGUGUGGAACUUCUUCCGUCUGGAGAACGAACACCUGAACAACUGUGGCGAGUUCCGGGCGGUUCGCGACAUCUCGGUGGCGCCGCUGAACGCGGACGACCAGACACUGCUGGAGCAGAUGAUGGACCAGGAGGACGGAGUCCGCAACCGGCAGGGCAAGAAAAGCUGGAAGCGGAGCUGCAGCCUGUCCCUGAGACGCCCGCUGCUGUCCUCACAAUCAAAGAUUCGAGACACGAAGGUGCUGAUAGAGGACACCGACGACGAGGCCUUCACAUGAGCCCUCGGCACCUCUCUGCCACGCAGGGCCACGCCUCCUCUCCAGCUGUCCAAUCACUAAGCAGCCUCUCUGCACCUUACACACACAGCGACAGAUGCAGCAACAUACACACCCUCACUGCGGCAGACAUACUGCUCAACACAGAUACCCAAACACCCCUCAGACAGACAUCGCAGGGAGAUACAAACAAAACUAACAAACAAAAGGCACACACAGAAAAACACUCAGAAAGGCUUCGAUUUUCUGGGAUGCUCUUUGAUUUCUUCAGUUUCACAUCUCUGGUUUAUUUAUCAGACAAGUUAUUUUAACAUGCGUCAGUAUAAAUCAAGUGACUGUUUACAAACAUUUCUAAGUAUCAGGAUCAAGAAGGAAGAGGCAUUCAAUAACUGGAGGACUGAUAUUACCAGAACCCCAAGCAUGGACUCAGAAGCUGGACAACAACCAAGGCCCUUACAGACAAAACACUGGUUCAUACUGGUUUAAGUCUUUUUUGAUUUUUAAUUUUAAAUGUCUUCGGUAAGUUGCUAUCAAGUCAGUGUACAGCCCUGGCUGCACUUGCAGGAAAAGUGCGGUUUAGAUUAAAAAAAAAAUAAGAAAAAAAACAAAAAAAGCUAUAAAUGUACUUCAUAUGUGAAGGUGCUUUAUUUUUAUUUUUUUAAUGUACAUUUUGUUAAUUUUCUAGACAUUUUUGUCGUUAUUUAUGAAAGCUAUAGCCUCUGCGAAACACCUUGAUCUAUAGCAUCUGCGCCGACGUCGAGCUGAGAAGGUGGCGCCGUGGACUAACCCUCCUGCCACGCUUCUCAGGAAGUGGCUACCUUUCCUGUUCAGGUGUUUAAAAGCUUUUACGUGGCGCCCGGUUGACACCAGUCCCAGAAAGCGAUUCCUUCUGGAACAAACCCGUCGCUCCUCUAAACCAAAGAUGGGUCAGGCUUCACUCCUUGAGGAAUCCAUUUCUUUAAGAUCAUUAGAUUUUAAAACGGCUGUCACCUCAGUUAGUAGCAAAUAGAAUUCUAUAAUAUAUUCUUGUUGUGAAUCGGAAUGGGAAAACAGCUAAUUACCAGCUAUAUUGCUAAAGUUUAAAGAUAACUGGAAAAGGGCGUUGACUUCCUUUUAAUGAAGAUUUAAAAACAAACCGUUUGCUAAAACAUUGUAUUCACUUUGGGGUGAGUUUCACAAAGCCUUCUUAACGCUACGACGUUCGUGAUUUCUGUGUUAAGAGAUGUUUUACUUACGAACGAUGUAGAGUUAAGAAGGCUUCGGGAAGCUCACCCUCAGUCAGGCCUUCCGAAGAUUGGUGCUGAAUGACUGUUUUUGACAUCUCUUCUUCAAACGAGUCAGGUUAGCACUGCUCAGAGAGGCAUUACCGGGCCCUGUGAUGUCGGUUGACUCAUUAAUCUGUACAUUUAAGUUGCCUUAGAAGAGUGGCCAGCUUACUCUGUGCUCAGACUUCAGUAAACCUUACCUGUUUAUGGUGCAUUCUGCUUAGAAUGUUGCUCGUCUGGUUGCUGAAACACUUUUUAAUGAGGUUUUUCCCAUUGAAAAAUGGUUGCUCUUUUUAAAGGUCUGACAUCUUUGCCAGCCCACAGUGGCCAAGGAGAUGCUGUCUGUCUAUGAGCUGCAGGCAGGUCUGAACUGGCUGCCCGCGUUUGAAGACUCAGAUGCUUGUCAUCGUUGCACGUUGUCACAUCCAGGGAUGCCUUGUGUUUUCCCCUACAACCGUGGCCACUGUUCCUGAAGGUGUAGCAUCACGGACCAAACUUGUAGCUGUGGAUAUGAAUCAUUUCUGCAUAGGAAAUUAAUUCAACUGAUCGAUUCACUUGAUUGUUGCAUUGUAGUUCUCAUCGUCCUUUUGUCAACAGUUUCAUUUUUUGAAUAACAGACUCUGCUUUUGCUAUGACCAGUUUUCUUCUUAAAUCAGGGCAUAGACAUGCUGCAUGUCUGAGUUUUCAAUGUUUUUGUUGAAUUUAUACAAAUGAUUGAAAAGGGGACCAAACUAUGACCCAGAGGAGUGUAUAUAAGAUGGGUUAUUCCUGAGGUUGUUCCCUCAAGUUGGCUUUACUGGGUCUAAUAUCUAUCCAUCUAUCCAUUCAUCAUCUAUCCAUUGGUUAGGGUCCCAGGGGGAGGGGCCUGUAACCAAUCCCAGGCUGUACAGGGCAAAAGGCUGAGGAAUCCAUUGGAUGCUUUUCUGUUUUGUAUUGUCUUGAAACACUCAGGACACUUCUCUUUGUUGAAACAUUCACUUUUAGGAUCUUUUCUAUGAUUUUUUUCACUCUGCGGACAAUGGUAAAUAUUUUGAAGCCUUGAAUAAGAAGGCUCUAUACCCGAAACGGGCCUGUCAAUUGAUGCCACCGUAAGAGCUUUUAAACACCGAAGGGAGGCGUCCUUCUCCAGCCUUUGGUCCUGGUAUGUUUCCACGAACACAGCUGGUACAGCUGCUGUCAGGUUUACGUCUCAUCCGAAGCUGAGGGCACGAUAGUGGGCACCCAUAUCGUGCCCGUUCUUCCCAAAACUCAGCGUCUGGAUGUCAAGCACUCCUACCACAAGCUACAGACGUAAGGUAGAAUCACAUUUCAGCAACAGCAAUAAAAAAAAAUCCUUUUGCAUACUUCAAAAGAUCUAGACUGCAAACUGCUCGGGACAGACUGGAGACAGAUGACAAUAGUCACAGAGGUACCUCUCAGAUUCUUUCUUCUUCCUGUGAUGAUUAAAUAUUGCCGUUGUCUUUUUAUACUGUUUUAAGAAUUUUUGCCAUAGAUACUGCACUACUUACCACAAGUCCUCUGUCUUAAAUCAAUGUAAUUAGCUGUACCUUAUGAAAACAAUCAUAGAAUUCCCCUGAAGUACGUUUACUGUAGUCCAUUUUAGCCAUCAUCCUUCUCGUCACAGGAAAAUAAGCACGUAAAGCAGAAAUCUGCCGUAUGUUUAACCGGCAUGGCUUACUAUGUCUCCGUCUUUGGUGUGAGUUACUUAUGCUUGACCAAAGUUAUCGAAGGAAUGAUUUUCUUGCUGUUUCAUGCUUGCUUCAACACUGUUCCCCUGAGUGUGGGGGGAGGAGGGUAAAUUUUAUGUCAGGCUUUACAGGAUUGGUGUUGAAACUUUUUUCCGUCCUCUACAGUCUCUACACGCUUUCCUCAGCUUUUGGCAUCAAUAUUCAAUAUUUCAGCUGAUAAAAAUACAAUCACAGGCAAAAUCAGUCUUGACCUCCUUAAUUAGGCCUGUCACCAUCCUUUAAGAUACUGUUAAUAAAGCACAUUACAUUGAUUUGAGCAGGAGAGUUUAAAGUAAAUUUCAUAGUUGGAGGUGAUUGUUUGUAAAGGAAGUAGCCUAUGGUGUCCAGCAUCCCAGUGUGUUCUUGUUUUGUGGGCCAUGGGAGGAAACUGGAACAAAAAAGGAAAGCUGGUCAUCUUCUCUUUAAACUCUGGGUUUUAGCAAUGCAUUGUGGGAAACUUCCUGAUCUGUCUUAAGCGAACACAGAGGGCGGGAUCCACAGCUUCUCUACGUCUAAAUGCUGCAGUGAUAUGGUGUCCAGGGCUGCAUUAGCUUAGCCUGAGACAUUUUUAAAAUGCGCUGGCAGGAGCAUGGAGAGAAAUGGAGGUAGAGGGGGAAUUAAUUUCCCCGGUUUAAUCGUCUUCUGUCAAUUAGAAGCAAUCUGCCUGUUGUGAUUCGAUUAGCGGAGCACUUGACAGUCCCCGGAAUGAAAUUCACAAGGACCUGCUGUGCUCCUAAUUAGCAGAAAGUCCCGUUAGCAUCCUGAACGCAGCGCCAACGCCAGGUCCUCGGCGCCUCGUAAGGAAGACUUCAAACGCACUUUUCGUUUUCGCGUCCUACUCCUUUGAGCAAGCUAAUAGUCAAAUUAGCUUUUCAUAAUUAUCAAAAUAGUUUUCUUGAAGCAAAUACGUUCCCCUUCGUUCUGCUGACUGUCCUCUGAAGCGAUCUCUUAGGUCACACUUCUCCUAGGUUGUACAGAAAUGGAUUAGGGUCAUGAGGUACAUCAUGACAUCAGUACUGAGAGAAAAUUAAAUGACCUACAAGCAGUGAUGGGGGAGCACCAAAGGAAUCGUGUCCUCCUUGCCAGGGUCCACAUGACAGCUAGGCAGACGACGUCAGCUUGGACACCGCGGUCUCUCAGAAGGAUUCCUAUUCCAGCGUCCAGCUGCCACUAAGAUCCACAGCUAGAAUUUCUGACAUUUUGAAAAGCAGGACAUGAACCAUCCUUUUUUACCAGUGACACAGAUAAGGCUAUGCCACGGCACCAGGCUCCUGAGCGGGCUUCCUGUUCUCAGCUGGUAUCCUCGGACUGCAGAUCUCUUUCUGCCUGGUGCUAUGCGUCGUCUUCGCUCAUACUGUGAUGUACCUCCAGUCCUCCAGACCUGCCCUUAACGUUGAUCACCACAGACAUAUCGCUAACUACACAGCAGAGGUCUCCUGCUACUCUGAGAGCAUAUUUCUGCAUCGGUUUCUCAUAGAUUUUAGGGGAAUUAUUUUGAUUGGCUGUUGUUAUUCCUUUUGGCAGUUUUGAAGCCUUAUUUCCUCAUAUUAUGGCUAACACGAAAAUGGGUAACGUGUGGCUGGCAUCUGCCUUUUGAUCCUUUUAUCUUAUUGGAAUCGAUCUCCUCAAACGCACGAUGAGACUGUAAAAACCUGCAAUCUUAUCCGCACAGGAAAACGCAGCCAACAACACCUUGCGAGCACAAUCUUGUUCAACUGUAACUUUGAAAGUGGCCGCCCUCCCCCCCCCCCACACCCCCGGCCCGCUGCCUCCCUUCAGGUAGCUGGACUUCUUUUCAAAGAAAGGUUUACUGUACUGCACUCUCUGUUUCUGCCUGCUCUGUGUAACCGCGUUUCUAUUGUCCGCUCUGUGCCAGAGCGUUGUUUUGGUUGUAAUGUCAUGGGAUAGAUGUACAGUGAACAGUUAGUGUGUCAGUGGUGGUCUAUGAUCGUUUUUAUUCGGUGGUAUUACAUGUGCUUUUACUGUAGUAAACCUUGUGAAAACGGGGUGGAGACACUGAGUGACAUCCUCUUGCUGGACCAUCUGAAAUGUAAAAACAUCUUUUAAACCAGGUCAACUUUUUCUACUGAUUGUGGAUGAAGAAAUCACUUUCCUCAGUCAGAAGCACAACACCAAGUUUUAAAUCCAUUCGCAGACCCAUCGGAAAUGAAUGCAUGACUGUGUCCAGCAUCUCCGCAGCAGGACCCCAGCGCUGACUGACAUGCCUGCAGAAAGGAGGGAUCUUUGCUGGGGAGUCUUUGGCCCUGCGGCACCACAUUUACAGAAGUUACUGAACAUCACCAAAGAUCACCCGGCUUACAUUUCAUUUAGCCCCUCUGAGGCCUCGGAAACCCCCCCCCCCCCCCCAGACAUCAGGCCCAAUCUCCACUCACUAGAGGUGAGCAAAGCUUCAUGAAUCAAUUGCUGUAUUUUGUGACAUCACUAGAUGAUGCUCUCCAUUCAAAAAAGGGCUCAAUUUAUGCCCCAAAGCAAACCAAGAGCAAAAAUAGUCGGGACAAAAAUACGGCGAUUGGUUCACAGAGUUUGACCAUCACUACCAUUAAUACACCUGUCUCUUCAUCCAAUAAGCCCCACAACUCUAUGACAAAUCACACCCAACCCUACAAGCAGAAAUCCCCACCCCAUUUUCUCUUAAAAGGGCCCAAUUGUUUUUAACAGCUGUCUUGCCUGCAUGCAGUUUUAGAUACCAUUGUGUAAAUAGAAAUAUUUUGCAUUAUGUAGGAAAAACAGUCCAAGAUACAAUUGUGAUAAUCAUGCUUUUGUUAUUCUUUAUUUAGGUGAUACGGAGCAUUUUUAUUUUUCACAAUCCUAAAUUUUAACUGUAAAACCUGUCAAUUUGUGUGAGUAAAACUUUGAGAAGUGAAAAUUAGUAAAAUGGAUUGUGAUUGGUCCUCUUGUAGGUGAAAAACUGAAUUUUUUAUUGGCUCCUUCAUCCCCAGGGCUUGUGUCUAAGGCCAAUGAUGGGAUGGGUUUGAGGCUCAUAGUGGGGUGUGUCGAUAUAGUUUGUGGCGAGGGGGCAGGCUGGAGAAUGGGGAACAUUGGGAUGCUUCAUGAGUAGAAUAUCUUAAAAACAGGUGGAAUGAUUACAGCAUAGGUGGCCAGAUUAACCCUAUGGGGUUAUUGGUGGCAUAAUUCCUCAAGCUUGGAACUUGAGGCUAGUUUUGUAAAUGGCUCUUGUUUUGAUAUUAAGAGAUUUGGUCGACACGCAAGUCCUGACCUAACAUUUUUAUGUGAUCAGAUCUGUUGCUUUUCCUGCUUGCUAAGUGCUCGAUAUCUGUUUGCAUCCCUCCUUCGCUUUAACCAGUGUGCCCUUUUUAUCAUUUCCUUUGGAAGAUAGAUCACGUGACAGUGUCUGUAGUUUAUAGAUGGUUGUACUUUGAAAUAUGUAUUUAAAGACAUUAAAAAACAGAUGCUACUUAUGUGGUUAGGUGUUUUAAAAGACAUGAAGAUUAAAAAUUGAAACAAAAUGUCUUAUGAACCCCCCCCCUCCCCCCCCCCCCCCCACUUUUACAGAGUAGUUUGUAAAUGUUGAGUGUUUUGCUCUAUGAUGGUUUUACUGAUGGUCUAAUUUGUAUUUCUGUAAACACUUUGGUGAUCCUGUCAUAUCUGGGUUUUAUAAACCACGCUUAUUUUUAAAAGUGUAGACUUGAGUCUGCCUGUUUAUUUCCUUUAUGUUAAAUCAUACAUAGACCUGUAAGGUGAACAUAUUUCAUAGCAUAAUUUAAGUUCUUUCUUAGCCAUGUGGUUUUAUACAACUGUACGCUUGAAAUAAAGCUAUAAGCAGAAAAAAAAAUCAUAGUGUUAUACAUAUAGAAGAACAGAUUUUUCAGCUCAUUUUAUAUGGUAAUAAACAGGAUAUAUAACAAUGCAGCUCUUCCGGUUGUUGUAAUAGUGCUGAUCAACCGGUUAGGUGACAUCGGCAGCUGCCUAGCGCACUAUCUUCUGAGGGAGCACCGACUUAGCAAGCUAAUGAAGGUAGACUUGUAUAAGUCGAUUCCCUUUUCUAAUUUGAUACACUUUUUGUAGUUCUUCACAAUAUUUGUAUUUUCAAUACAAAUAUCAUUUUUUAAACGUAGUUGAAUGUAUUGACUACUUGAUGUUUCUCUCCCUUGUCAACAGUAAGCUAUGAAACCUGACUUUUCACAAACAUUAAUGUUUACUCCUUUUUCUUACAUUUUGCUCAGCCGUGUAUUUUGUCUACACUUUUACUGUGGAUAUUUGUGCUUUAUGUUAAAUUAAAAUAAACCCAUAAUUUCAA